AUGACGAUAUGGGGACAGGAGAUGUUUGCCUUUCCUUUCAAUAACAAAAAGAAAGAAGUAACGGGCAUAACAAAUUUUCCUCAAAAACAGUACAUAAUACUGUCCCUCCAAGGUUCGAGUCCAACCCUAACAAAGUUGAAGGUGACGUGGAGAAUCCAACUCCAGUGCUUCCCCGUACAGAUGGCUGGAGUAGACGUCUGGUCUCAGAUGAGCAAAUUUAAACUUAUGGUGAUGGAUAUAUAUGACAACGACUGCAACACCAUCUUACACUUGGCAGGAAAACUGGCACCACGCUACAAGCUCAGUCUUGUUCCGGGGCAGCUUUACAAAUGCAACGAAGUGGAAAAAUUCGGGACACCUCGGAUGAAAAACAGUACCAACAACAAAAACAAAACUCCUCAAGAGGUUUUCACUGAAGAACAUAAGGAGCUAGUGGCUGAAGGAGAGAAAUGGAUGAAAGAUACUGCAACCUCAUGCACAAUUGCUGCAGCAUUGAUCGUGACAAUAGUUUUUGCAGCAGCCAUUACCGUGCCCGGAGGCAACAACGAUGACAAUGGAGAGCCUAUUUUUUUUACAUAA